CUCACCGCCCGCCAGGCCAAGGCGCCACCACCGCUCGCGCCCGAGGCCCGGGGCCUGAGGGCGCAGCCCGGCUUCGGACCCGGGGCCGAUGACAGUUGCCGUCCCCGAAGGUCCCUGCUGGUGGGACCCCGCCCGCUGGGAAGGACGGAGGGCACCCGGGCUCGCGGCCAGCUCCUCGUUUGCGUAGAUGGGGAAACUGAGGGUCGCGGCCGGCGGACGUACGUGGGGUCGUGGCAGCUUCGCUCCUCUUUCUCCUGGAGCCGGGAAAUUCCGUGCGCCCCAGGGUGGGCUCCAGAGAGUUUUCUAUCUGCGAAGCAGGCGCGGGGCGGGGAUCCGGGAAUAUCGUCGGCCCCAACGAACCGGGCUCCCCGGCGGCGCAGAUACGAACGCUGGGCUGGGCGUUCUGCGCUACCUGCACUCGCAGUGUUUUCAAAACGUUUGUCUUUAAUUAACAUCCUGGAGUGGUGUCAACCCAGGAAAUACUUAAACCAAGGCCGACUUCCAGGUGGAGAGGGUGGGCGGAGGUUGAUGGGGUGCCGAAACCAUUCUCACUCUGCGCCAUCUGAGAGCACAGCAUGGUGUGCUCAGAGCCCAGGGCAAGCUUUCCCCCUCCCAAACCCCAGACCUUGAGAAAGCUGACACUGCUUCGUUUUCAGCAUUUUGGGGUUUUUUUGUUUGUUUGUUUGUUUUGCCAACCUUUGUCUUUUCCUUCAAUAGGCAUUUGUUACUGACUGCUCAUGUGCCAGGCACUGUGCUCGACAUCAAGGACACAGAAUGUGGACGAGUGUGCCCAAGGACUAGAUGACUGUCACACCAAUGCCAUCUGUCAGAAUACACUCACCUCCUACAAGUGCUCCUGCAAACCUGGCUACCAAGGAGAGGGCAGGCAAUGUGAGGAUAUUGAUGAAUGUGAAAAUGAACUCAACGGAGGCUGUGUCCAUGACUGUUUGAAUAUUCCAGGCAAUUAUCGCUGCACUUGUUUUGAUGGCUUCAUGUUGGCUCAUGAUGGUCAUAAUUGUCUUGAUGUGGACGAGUGCCUGGAGAACAAUGGUGGCUGCCAGCACACCUGUGUAAACGUCAUGGGGAGCUACGAGUGCCGCUGCAAGGAGGGAUUUUUCCUGAGUGACAAUCAGCACACAUGCAUUCACCGCUUGGAAGAGGGUCUGAGCUGCAUGAAUCAGAAUCAUGGCUGUAGUCACAUCUGCAAGGAGGCCCCGAGGGGAAGCGUCGCCUGCGAGUGCAGGCCUGGCUUCGAGCUGGCCAAGAACCAGAGAGACUGCAUCUUGACCUGUAACCAUGGAAACGGUGGGUGCCAGCACUCCUGUGAGGACACUGCUGAUGGCCCCGAGUGUAGCUGCCACCCACAGUACAAGAUGCAUGCAGAUGGGAGGAGCUGCCUUGAGCAAGAGGAUGCUGUUCCAGAGGUGACGGAGAGCAAUGCCACGUCAGUGGUGGAUGGCGAUAAACGGGUGAAGCGGCGGCUGCUCAUGGAAACCUGUGCUGUCAACAAUGGAGGCUGCGAUCGCACCUGUAAGGAUACUUCGACAGGUGUUCACUGCAGCUGUCCUGUUGGAUUUACUCUCCAGCUGGAUGGGAAGACCUGUAAAGAUAUUGAUGAAUGCCAGACCUGUAAUGGAGGUUGUGAUCAUUUCUGCAAAAACACUGUGGGUAGCUUUGACUGCAGCUGCAAAAAAGGAUUUAAAUUAUUAACAGAUGAGAAGUCUUGCCAAGAUGUGGAUGAAUGCUCUUUGGAUAGGACCUGUGACCAUAGCUGCAUCAACCACCCUGGCACAUUCACAUGUGCUUGCAACAAAGGGUAUACCCUCUAUGGCUUUACCCACUGUGGAGACACCAACGAGUGCAGCAUCAACAAUGGGGGCUGUCAGCAGGUCUGUGUGAACACAGUGGGCAGCUACGAAUGCCGAUGCCACUCAGCAUACAAGCUCCACUGGAAUAAAAAAGACUGUGUGGAAGUGAAGGGGGUCCUGCCCACUAGCAUGUCACCCCAUGUGUCCCUGCAUUGCGGUAAGAGUGGCGGAGGAGACAGGUGCUUCCUCAGAUGUCACUCUGGCAUUCACCUCUCUUCAGGACUGCAAGAGACCUACUCUGUCACCUGCGGCUCUUCCUCUUCUCUCAGGAGCAAACAGCAAAAAUCAAAUGAUUCUGCUUUUGGGGAUGUCGCCACCAUCAGGACAAGUGUAACCUUUAAAGUAAAUGAAGGCAAGUGUAGUUUGAAAAAGGCUGAGCUGUUUCCCGAGGGUCUGCGACCAGCACUACCAGAGAAGCACAGCUCAGUAAAAGAGAGCUUCCGCUACGCAAACCUUACAUGCAGCUCCAGCAAGCAAGUCCCGGGAGCCCCUGGCCGCCCAAGCACCACUAAGGAAAUGUUUAUCACUGUUGAGUUUGAACUUGAAAUUAACCAAAAGGAGGUGACAGCUUCUUGUGACCUGAGUUGCACCAUAAAGCGGACAGAGAAGCGGCUCCGGAAAGCUAUCCGUGCGCUCCGGAAGGCAGCCAACAGGGAGCACUUUCACCUCCAGCUCUCAGGCAUGGAACUUGAAGGGGCAAACAAGUCUCCCAGAACAUCUGAACACCAACUGGAGUCCUGUGGAGUGGGCCAGAGCCACACAGGAAACCAAUGUGUCAGUUGCAGGGCUGGGACAUAUUAUGAUGGAGUGCAAGAACGCUGCAUUUUGUGUACAAAUGGAACCUUCCAAAAUGAGGAAGGACAAAUCACAUGCGAACCUUGCCCAAGAUCAGAAAAUCCUGGAGCCCUGAAGACUCCAGAAGCUUGGAAUGUAUCGGAAUGUGGAGGUCUUUGCCAACCUGGUGAAUAUUCUGCAGAUGGUUUUGCACCCUGCCAGCUCUGCGCCCUGGGCACAUUCCAGCCUGAGGCUGGCCGUACUUCCUGCUUCCCCUGUGGAGGAGGGCUCCCCACCAAACACCUGGGAGCCACUUCCUUCCAGGACUGUGAGACCAGAGUUCAAUGUUCACCUGGACAUUUCUACAACACCACCACUCACCGAUGUAUCCGUUGCCCAGCAGGAACAUAUCAGCCUGAAUUUGGAAAAAAUAACUGUGUUUCUUGCCCAGGAAAUACUACCACUGACUUUGAUGGCUCCACAAACAUAACCCAGUGUAAAGACAGAAGAUGUGGAGGAGAGCUGGGAGAUUUUACUGGGUACAUUGAAUCCCCAAACUACCCAGGCAAUUACCCAGCCAACACCGAGUGUACAUGGACCAUCAACCCACCACCCAAGCGCCGAAUCUUGAUCGUGGUCCCUGAGAUCUUCCUGCCCAUAGAAGAUGACUGUGGAGACUACCUGGUGAUGCGGAAAACCUCUUCAUCUAAUUCUGUGACAACAUAUGAAACCUGCCAGACCUACGAACGCCCCAUCGCCUUCACCUCCAGAUCAAAGAAGCUGUGGAUUCAGUUUAAGUCCAAUGAAGGGAACAGUGCCAGAGGCUUCCAGGUCCCUUAUGUGACUUAUGAUGAGGAUUACCAGGAACUCAUUGAAGACAUAGUUCGAGAUGGCAGGCUCUAUGCAUCUGAGAACCAUCAGGAAAUACUAAAGGAUAAGAAGCUGAUCAAGGCCCUGUUUGACGUCCUGGCCCACCCCCAGAACUAUUUCAAGUACACAGCCCAGGAAUCCCGGGAGAUGUUUCCAAGGUCCUUCAUCCGAUUGCUCCGUUCCAAAGUGUCCAGGUUCUUGAGGCCUUACAAAUGAGCCCGCCCCCGUGCCACUUAGUGCCAUGUUCCACCCGAGUGCUGCAGGGACGCAGCCGUCUGCCUCUGAGGCCAACAUGGUUGGAUAUCGCUGUCUCUGGGAGCAGUGACCCACUAGAGUUCAACUUUUAUAGAUAAUACAGAUAUUUUGGUAAAUUGAACUUGGUUUUUCUUUCCCAGCAUUGUAGACGUGGACUGAGAACGGCGGUGAGUCCCACUGCAUCUCACUGCUGGGGGCAGAUGUCUUGGAUGUGUCAAGGGCUGGCUGAGCUGGACUUUAGUCAGCUCAGGUGAGACUCACCUGUCCUUCCUGGUUCUCACUCCUCCUCACGGUGGAAUGGAGGCCACAGAAGGGGCUGCCUUGAAAUUUCAGUUUCCUCCUGCCCAGCUCCCAGCCCCAACGGAGCCCUCUGUACCCAGGCUGUGACCAGGCAGAGCUGGAAAGGAGGGAGGGAGGGAGGUGCGGAGGGCGAGCCCCCGGAAACCUGGGAGGAUUCCAUUGCCCCAUAGCCUCCUCCAGCCUAUGUGACCUAAGUCUGAUUCCAGGAACUUGGGUUCUAAGCAGUGAUCAUUUAAAAAAAAAAAAAAAAAAGUACUUAAAGAGGAAAGAAUUAGAAAUAAAAAGAUAAAAACUAAGUACAUAAUAAUGUAGCUUUAGGGAUGGCCUUCCUCGCUGCCAGCUUCGACUCUGCAGCAAAUGCACCCUGCUGCCUUGAGCCCCUGCGGCUGUGCUUCUGACACUCUGCUGGGUGCUGCCCUGGGGCCUGGAGAGAUCAGGGCAGAUGCCAUCUCCUUGGUGGAUGAGAAUCAUCACCCUCAUGACAAGGACUGACUCACAAGCCCUCAGUCAGUACUGCCAAGGGUCCUGCUUCCCUGUGGGCUUGCCUCCAUAGGUGUCAGAGGGCCAAGGGCACCCGGUGCAGGCCAGACUGGCACGUCUGCCUUCCUCGUCCACUCUCCAGGGUCAGACACUGACUUGGCUCUGAGGACGUGAGCAGCACCACUCAAGGCCAGGUGGGCUCCUUCCCUUCGUCGUCACGCUGCCCUCCAGAAGCAGCUAUGCAGAUCCUGGUCUCCUGGUCUCUGGGUGCUCAGAAUCAGCUUUUGAUUGGCACAGUGGGGCUUCACAAUCACUUUCUCCCACAGAACUUGGAAUUUUCAGUAUCAUUUCAUUUUAAAAAAUUUUGAUCUCCAGGCAAAAAAUCUCA